AACUUUUCAAACAUAUUCACCGACCGUCACCCUCAUUAGUGUUGCCGAUACAGAAUGAGGUUAUUAUAGUUUCUCCUGAACCAAACUCCAUCAACGACUGCAAGCAAGAUGGCGGCUUUCUCCUCUGCAUUCUCGAACCCAUUAUUCUUCACCCCACACACAAACUCUCAACGCUCCAAUUCGCCCGUUAUCUUCUUCAAUACCCCACCCACCCCUUCUUUCCCCCUUCUUUCCUUCAAUACACGACGCCAUCGCUUCAAUUCUACAAUCACAGCAUCUCUUAAAGAAAAUAUUGGACGCGUUACCAAAACAUGGGGGGAUUUUACUAGCUUGAAUUACUGGGUUGUUCGGGAUUAUUAUCGGCUUGUGGGGUUUGUUAAUUCCUUUGAGCCUCAUAUUCAGAAGCUCUCUGAUGAGCAGCUGACUGCGAAAACUGCUGAGUUCCGUCGUCGAUUGGGGAAAGGAGAGACACUUGCGGAUAUUCAAGCUGAGGCGUUUGCUGUUGUUCGCGAAGCUGCCAAGAGGAAGCUUGGCAUGCGUCAUUUUGAUGUGCAGAUUAUUGGUGGUGCAGUGCUUAACGACGGGUCUAUUGCUGAGAUGAAAACCGGAGAGGGAAAAACUCUGGUCUCAACAUUGGCUGCGUAUCUUAACGCCUUGACUGGCGAGGGAGUUCAUGUGGUUACCGUUAAUGAUUAUCUUGCUCAACGUGAUGCCGAGUGGAUGGGUCGUGUUCAUCGCUUUUUAGGUCUUUCUGUUGGUCUUAUUCAAAGAGGGAUGAAAUCUGAGGAAAGGAGGUUGAACUAUAGAUGCGAUAUUACAUACACCAACAAUUCAGAACUUGGUUUUGACUAUCUGAGAGACAAUCUUGCUGGAAGCAGUGGUCAACUGGUUAUGAGAUGGCCAAAACCGUUUCAUUUUGCAAUAGUUGAUGAAGUUGAUUCUGUGCUAAUUGAUGAAGGGAGAAACCCGUUGCUGAUAAGUGGCGAGGCUAGCAAGGAUGCCGCACGCUAUCCGGUUGCUGCCAAAGUAGCUGAGCUUCUCAUACGUGGCCUUCAUUACAAUAUAGAGCUUAAAGAUAAUUCUGUGGAGUUGACCGAAGAAGGAAUUAACCUAGCGGAGAUGGCUCUCGAAACAAAUGAUCUAUGGGAUGAGAAUGAUCCUUGGGCUAGAUUUGUCAUGAAUGCGUUGAAAGCCAAGGAGUUUUACCGCCAAGAUGUCCAAUACAUUGUUAAAAACGAGAAGGCUCUUAUAAUAAAUGAGUUGACGGGGAGAGUGGAAGAAAAACGACGAUGGUCAGAAGGGAUUCAUCAGGCUGUGGAGGCCAAAGAAGGUUUACCGAUUCAGGCGGAUUCGGUUGUAGUCGCGCAAAUCACAUACCAAUCGCUGUUUAAGCUGUAUCCAAAGCUCUCCGGGAUGACCGGGACUGCAAAAACUGAAGAAAAGGAGUUCUUGAAAAUGUUCCAGACGCCUGUUAUUGAAGUGCCCACAAACAUGCCAAAUAUUCGUAAUGAUUUACCUAUUCAAGCUUUUGCAACAGCUCGUGGUAAAUGGGAAUAUGUCCGCGCAGAAAUUAUAAAUAUGUUCAGAGUCGGUCGCCCUGUUUUGGUCGGAACAACUAGUGUUGAGAAUUCAGAAUAUUUGUCUUCUCUGCUAAGGGAUAGCAUGAUCCCUCACAACGUUCUUAAUGCACGACCAAAGUAUGCUGCCAGAGAGGCUCAAACUGUGGCCCAAGCCGGACGAAAGUACGCCAUCACCAUAUCUACAAAUAUGGCUGGUAGGGGUACCGACAUUAUAUUGGGAGGCAAUCCAAAGAUGCUUGCAAAAGAAGUUAUAGAGGACAGCAUACUUUCACAUAUGAGUCACGAUAUUCCAGAUAUCGACUUUGAAGAGCCAAUGUCGCAAAAGGUAUUAUCAAAAAUGAAAAUCGGGCCAUCAUCAUUAGCUUUGCUGGCUAAGACUGCUCUAAUGGCUAAAUAUGUGGCCAAAAGUGAGAACAAGAAUUGGACAUAUGAGAAGGCAAAAUUGGUAAUUUCGGAGUCAAUUGAGAUGAGCCAAUCAGUCGGUUUAGAUGAGCUGCAAAGACUUGUAGAAGAACAGUCAGAGAUGUACCCACUUGGUCCUUGCAUUGCACUUGCUUAUUUGUCGGUUCUAAAAGACUGUGAAGCUCACUGUUUCAAUGAAGGAUUGGAAGUCAAAAGACUUGGUGGGCUCCACGUGAUUGGCACAUCGUUGCACGAGUCUCGGAGAAUUGAUAAUCAACUUCGUGGCAGAGCAGGAAGGCAAGGAGAUCCUGGAUCAACACGUUUCAUGGUUAGUUUGCAGGAUGAAAUGUUCCAAAAGUUCAACUUUGACACUGAGUGGGCGGUGAAUCUGAUAUCGAGGAUCACAAACGAUGAGGACGUGCCAAUUGAAGGUGAUGCAAUUGUUCGACAGCUUCUGUCUCUCCAAGUUUCGGCAGAAAAGUAUUUCUUCAACAUAAGAAAGAGCCUUGUAGAAUUUGAUGAAGUAUUAGAGGUGCAAAGGAAACACGUUUAUGAUCUUCGUCAGUUAAUUAUAGGUGGUGAUUCCGAGAGUUGUUCACAUCACAUAUUCCAGUACAUGCAAGCAGUCGUAGAUGAAAUUGUUUUGGCAAAUGUUAAUCCAUUAAAGCAUCCAAACAGCUGGAACUUAAACAAACUCUUAAAGGACUUCUUUGCAAUUUCUUGGAAGAUUUUAGACGAGUCGUGUACAGGAAUUACAGUGGAAUCUUUAUUGCAUUCACUUGUUACUGUUCGUGAAGCGAGUGAUGUAGAUAUUAACGACUUCCGGUUUUCAAAUUUACCUCAACCUCCAAACGCAUUUAGAGGCAUCCGCAAGAAGGCUUCUUCACUGAAACGCUGGCUAGCCAUAUGCUCUGACGAUUCACUCAAAGAUGGAAGAUAUCGAAUUACUGUUAAUCUUCUGCGCAAGUACCUUGGUGAUUUGUUAAUUACUUCAUACAUGAACACUGUUCAAGAGUCCGGUUAUACUGAAGAAUACGUGAAAGAAAUCGAGAGAACGGUUCUUGUGAAAUCUCUAGAUAGUUUCUGGAGGGAUCAUCUUGUCAACAUGAACAGACUGAACUCAGCGGUGAAUGUGAGGAGUUUUGGGCAUAGGGAUCCAUUGGAGGAAUACAAAAUCGAUGGUUGUCGAUUUUUCAUCUCGAUGCUUAGUGCAACACGAAGGUUAACCGUGGAAGCACUUUUGAGCCACUGGUCAGCUCCCAUGGAGUCCCAAGAAGUAUAUGCAUGAUGAUCAAAGAAUUAGGAAAGAUUAUAUAUAUGUGCAUAUAUAUAAACUACACAUGCAUGCAUGAUGUAUCAUUGUACAGGUGAUGUGUGACAUUCUUUGGAGUUAGGUUUGAUCUUUAGUUGAUUCUUCGUGAUAUAGAAUCUUUUAAAACUAAUUUGUUUUGUGAAUAAGUAAUUUAUUGAGGAUUUAUAUAGGGAAUAUUUCUUA